CUACGCUCACCUCCGUCUGUCAAUCCAACUCCUGCUUGUGCUCGUGCUUGCAUUCCGACGCCAUGGGAGAGGUUGUGAAUGUACUCGUUGCUGUCGCGGUGGUUGUGCUGGUCGUGCGCUGGGCUACCUCCGGGGGGCAAGGACAGCUCCGGUGCACCCUCGCCGUCUACCGUACUGGGCUUUAGGCCGAAGAAUGUCACCCCAGAAAUGGUUGAGGCGGUACAUGGCAUGUUCCCGGAUAUACCAAGCGACAACAUACGCUACGACCUCCUACGAACCGGUAGCGCCCAGCUGACUUCCAACAAGAUUCUCGAGCGCGGUUUCCUCCCUGCGCCUCCGCCUGCAUACUACACGCUCUACCCACGCGCCGCCGAGCCUGCUGCACCCGGACGACCAGCCACCGCAACAAACAACGCGAACGCCGCCGCCAGCUCCUCAAAAUCCAAGAAGAACGAAAACCUGCUGACCCGGUAUCACCUCGAGGGGCGCACCAGCAGCACCUCCAUUGGCGAGGCUCCCGAAGACCUCGGCGGCAAAGCCGUUUGGGAGGAGAGCGCGGAGAAGCGCGAGGCGAGCCUGCGCGAACGCAAGGCACGCAUGAUCCUCGCCGCGAGAGAGCGGCUGCUCGCGCAGCAGGCGAAGGAGAAGGAGGCAGGCCCCGCGUAGGCGCUGCCAGUCGCGAGUACAAGUGUCAUAAUAUCUCAUCAUGGACUGUAGGGGAGGCCGGAACACGUCUUGAUGCUUUUUCACGUUUGUCAAUGUAAGCCCUUCGAAUACCUAAUGCGCCC